CGUCCGUCACCAGGCAGCCCCCGGCCCCGACCCGGAGGGAUGCGGAGUGGCGGCGGCGGCAGUGGCGGAGACUGUGGCUUUAAGAGCGCGCCCAGAGCCCGGGAUCCGGCCGGGCGGUCCUUUGCUGCUGCGCACCCCCGCGGAGCCAAGCUCAGAGCUGGCCGGACCGGGCUGCCUGCUGCCCGGCUGCUGAGAACCAGCCCUAGACCUCUGCUUGAGGGUCCUUCCUCUGAAGACAUCACCAGUGUGUGGAGCCCGCCCCACACCCACCCCCUGCCAAACCACGGCCUUUACCUGUGUCUUCCGGUGUUUCCCGUGCGACCCAUCCUGUGGGAGUGCCUCGUGGGCCGCCCCAGAGUUCACCCCACACUCAGCAGCGCCAAUGGUGAAGAUGACAAGAUCCAAGACUUUCCAGGCAUAUCUGCCCUCUUGCCACCGGACCUACAGCUGCAUUCACUGCAGAGCCCACUUGGCCAAUCAUGAUGAACUUAUUUCCAAGUCGUUCCAAGGAAGUCAAGGACGAGCAUACCUCUUUAACUCAGUAGUUAACGUGGGCUGCGGGCCGGCAGAAGAGCGCGUGUUGCUAACAGGACUGCACGCCGUCGCAGACAUUUACUGUGAAAACUGCAAAACCACUCUGGGCUGGAAAUAUGAACAUGCCUUUGAAAGCAGCCAGAAAUAUAAAGAAGGCAAAUACAUCAUUGAGCUAGCACACAUGAUCAAGGACAAUGGCUGGGACUGAUUGGAGAGCAUCUACCCAACCCAGUGUCCACGUGAAUGCCAUCCAACCGAACAUUCUACCCAAGCGUGAGAGAGUGACUGAACACUUGGUUCCAUCCAUUUAGGGGCCUUGCCAUCUGGGGCAUUCUCCCACCCUGCCACCAUCUUUCUGGUGACCAGCCUCUAAAUUGCUGUCUCUCUGUCUCUUUGCUUUGUAUCUGUUUGUGAGUUGAUCCUGGCUUCUCUCUCUGUUCUAGUGUUGGCUGAAAGCAAAACAACAAAAGGAACAGAUGCCUGCCCGCAUGGCGGCAGCCCACUUUGAUAAAGGGCCCAGGGCCCUUGAAGAGCUGCCUGAUGGCCUCUUGUCAGGAGAACAGUGGCACAGCACAGGGGUGUGAGGAAGAGGGGAACCAGGAGGGUCCCGGGUGGGUAGGGGACGGGAGGGUAGAGGUAGGAACAAACUUGUGCUGCUCCUGGAGACCUGGGAACUUAGGCUUGAAAUAAUCGACUUGUCUAAAAGGACAAAGAGAAAAAAAAAUACCUCAUGACUGCAUUCUCUCUGAUCAGAAGCUUCUGUUCCUGACACCAAAUGUGCCAGGUUAGCAAAUGAGCACAAGAAGUGGCCCUUAUUCUAGCUGGCGGGGCAGGGGCCGGCCUGGUUCCCCUGGGCCGAGCUGGGGGGUGUCCUGGCAGCAAUGAGGGACUCGGGAAAAGCCCACAUGGUUUUGAUGACUCUGAUGCCUCACUGCUCCUCUGGGUAAUCAUCUUUGCCUCUUCAGCCACUGUAGGUGACAGGAGAGGGGACUGCCAUUUGCAAUGGGUGCAAGAUCCAAACGUCCCAAAGGCUUUGACCAGCAACCGAGUAAAAUCAGUGAUUGAGGGUAACAGGGAACAAAGGGGGAUGCAGUUUAGGUGCUCCUGCAGAAAUGGCUCUGAUACUGGGCCAGAGAAAAUAAAAAGUAGAACCAGUUAGCAGUUCUGACUGACCUUUUUUUCUGAACCUUAGUAAGAGAAGAGCAUUGUGGCAAGGAGGGGAGGGUGGGGCGGGGCAGUGCCGGGAAUAGUUUAGGUUUGAACCAUAACAGGUUAAGUGCAUUUUCUUUGGUAUGCAGUGGCUUCACUGAGAUCAGCAAUUCUUUGUACGCAGAGUUUUGGGUGUUUUUCUCCAGUUCUAUCAUUGUAGAUCCUGGAAAACAAAGUCCCAAGGCUUCGAGCUUAGUGAUAACCUGGCCGGUAGAUUCCUCAUGCCCCUAGCUGUUCUCUUUUACUUGCGUGUGUUGUGUGGAGACAAAUCUGUCAAUGUGAUCCAGCGAUGGGAAGGUCUCAGAUUUGAUGUCAAACGGCAAGUUAUAAAUUCCAGUAUUACACCCCACUCCCCGCCUCCCCAUCCAAAGUUCAUUAUAUUAGGGAAGUGGAGAACAAAUCCCUGUAAGGCUCUUGAGAGAGAGAGGAGUUUGUUACGUUUAAUCAACACUGUGAAGUCUGUUCUACAGCAAUUUAGCCAGUACACGGUGCAUGACCGAAACUCAUUUAACUGAGUUAAUUUCAUUGCUUAGACUGAAAAUAUUAUUAUUGCUAAGAUAUGUGUAGGUUAUGUUAGGUAAUUCUCAGCAUCUCAUUCCCCAAGUAGGCUGAUCCUAUAGGAAAAUUCACCUUAAAAGUCACAAAAGAGUGAGUUCAUGGAGAUGAGAACCUGUAAAAUUCUUAAAGAAGAUUAAAGCGGCCAACCCAGGACAUUUUCAGAAUUGAGCCAAAUUCCCAGAGGGGGUGAGUCUGUUGUGGAAAUGCCUUUUUGAGUCUCUGUGUGCUGAUUGUGGAACGAGGGGCUGAGAUGGGUGUGGUCCUGCCCAGCCACACGUUUAGCAGCAGACAGCUUCUGUAAGACAAAGAAGAUUCUUAAAAAUCGAAUUUUGUUCCCGAAGGCUUCUUGCCCACAUCUUUUGGUGCUUUUAGUAGCCUGGGAGAUUAAGUUGUUCUCUCCACGUUACUAAAAAGCAGACUGAGGUUCAGAAGAAGUCUUUUCAUUUCCGAUCCCAGAGAAAUAGUUCCUCUGGCUCCCAGGCCCCAGAUCUCAAUUAAAAAAAAAAAAAAUUCAA